AUGGCCAGGACUCUCCUCCAGCUACUCUCUCUCUUAACAUUGAUCCUAGGCACCGCAGCCCAAUGCCUCUCGUCUACCAGCGGCACCGGCAUCGCCAACUACGACGCGUGCUGUUCCCACCAGCAAAACGGCACCGAGGUCCUCAACGGCAUCGAAUACGAGUACCACUGUGCAUCCUGGAUGGAGCCCGACAACGCCCGCAUCCAGCACGUCACGAGCGCGCGCGACUGCGUGCAACGCUGCCGCAGAAGCACCACCUGUGCCGCCAGCGCCUGGCACCGGUCCAACUGGUGCUACCUCAGCCCGUUCACGAGCGACCUCGAGAUGAAAUCCCAUCCAGAUGCAACCGGCUGGCUGGCCAUCCGCGAGACCCGGCCGGGGCCCGCGCCCGACUGCCCGGACUGCAACUGCGACCAGCUCGUCGCAGAGGCCAACCAGACCAACAACGCCGUGUGCGCCCAGCAGAAGAGGGAGAUCGAGCUCGAGCGCGACCGAUUCGAAGCCAACAGCACCCAGUGUGCCGAGCAGAAGAAGAGGGCCGAGGACGAGCGCGACGCCUUGCGAGCCCUGCUGGACCGAACCUGCACGCCCAAACUGCAAGAAACCUGGAUCUUCACCUCCGGACCAAAAAGCUUCAACAUCACCUGUGGCGCCAACGUCUGGGGUAUUCCCAGCGCCACCGAUUUCCGAAUAGACACUGCAAGUGUUCGGGACUUCCAAGAAUGCGCCGAUCUCUGCGCGGGCAACAACGAUUGCGUCCGCGCGCGCGUGCAGACGCUACCCAACAACGCCGAGUGCCGGCUCUAUCGCAACCCGACUUGGGAUCGCAAGUACGAUGAGUCUGAUUUCGACUUUAGUGUCUUGACUCUUCUUUGA